AUGCGUAGUAUUCAUAAAAGAGAUCAUAAUGAAAUGACACAACAAUCAGAAACUAAUUUAGAUAUUAAUACUAAAAUAAUUGAUGAUAAUAAUAAUAUAAAUAAAAGUGAAAAUAAUAAAAAAGAAUCAAAUAAACAAAAGAAAGUAAACACCAGUAAAAAUAAUAAAAAUAAAGUUGAAACACCAAAAUUCACCGAAGAAGAAAAUGAAUUUUUAAAAAGAAUAAAAACUCAAGUUAAACCAGUUUUGGACGAUUUUGAGGAAUAUGGUUUGGUUUUAGAUAAUAUAUAUGUGAUUGAUAUAUUAGCACAAACAGCAAAUAAACAUAUAAAAACAUUAUCACACAUUAUUAAUGAUGAUUUCACCUCUGAAUUUAAUCAUUUAAAGAAAAUAAAAAAGAAACCAUCACCACCUCCACCAUCAACUACAAUUGUUGAUGGUGAUAAAGAAAAAGAUAAACAUAAAGAAGAGGAAGAAGAAGAAGUAGAAAAAGAUAAUAAAGUUUCAAAAAAUUCAACAAAACAAUCAUCACAAACAGGUAAUUUAUUACAAUUAUUAAUUUGUGGUGAAUCUAGAUUUAAGAAUUUAAAGAUUAUAUUAGAGAAUGUUGAAUAUGAUAAAGAGUUGGGUGAAAUUAAAUUUAUAGGUAAUGAUGAUGAUAGUGAAUAUCAAUCAUUAUCAAAUGAACAAAAAGGAAUUAUUAAAUUUAUAAAAAGUAAUGAUUUUAUAGUUUCAAUUGAAAAAGUACCAAAAUAUCCACCUUUGCUUUAUGAAAUAUGGGAGGAUUGGAAUUAUAAUAUUUGGCCAUGUGUAUUUAGAGCUCAUAUUUUUUCAACACCAUUAAUAUCAAAUGUAAAAGAUGAAACAUUAUUAGAAAUGAGAAAGUAUAUGUCAUUAGCUAUUGAGCAAGCUGAGAUUGGUAAAAAGAGAGGUCAUAAAGGAAUUGGUGCAGUUUUAAUUGACCCAAAUACUAAUAAAAUCGUUGCAACAUCAUAUGAUCAAACCAAUAGAAUAUCAGUGGACGAAACACCUGAAAUCUCAGAGACUCAAUAUAUUUCACCAAUCAUUUCUCAUUGUAUAAUGACAAUAACCAAUAAAUUAUCAACUGAACAAGUUGAUGAUAUUAAAAAACAAAUGAAAGAACAAAAAAAAUUUGAAAAAGAGAAACAAUUUGAAAAUCGAAACGAAAAUGAAAAUAAAAAUGAAAAUAAAAAUGAAAAUGAAAUUUGUAAUGAUAAUGAUGAAGAAAAAGAAAAAGAAGAAAAAGAAGAAAAAGAAGAAAAAGAAGAAUGUAAUAUUUUAAGUUUUGUAAAUCUUGGACAAUAUUUAGCGACAAACUUUCAUUUAUUUAUAACUAAAGAGCCCUGCAUAAUGUGCUCAAUGGCUCUAGUUCAUAGUAGAGUUAAAAGAGUUGUAUAUGGUUCAAGUAGUAGAGAUGGUGGCUUGGGUUCCUAUCUAAAAAUUCAUACUGAAAAAUCCUUAAAUCAUAGAUUCGAAGUUUAUAAAGAUUUUAUGGAAGAUGAAUGUAAAAAACUAUUCGAUUCUCCAGAGGCAUCUUAA